GAAAACUUUGUCCGACUCAAAACAAACCAGCGAGAGUGUGGAAAGUAGCAUGUGUGCGGCAGAAAGAAAACUGGCUAAGAAGCGAGAGUUUAAUCAGCAGCAUUGAGACUGAAUAAGAAGGCAACAUGUCAGAUGCUUUAAUCCAGCGAGUAAAGGAGCUGGAGGCAGAGCUGGAGAAGCUCAGGUCCCAGUUGAAGGGCAGCAGUGCAGCUGGAGAUGAAAUGGAAAUGAUGUCCAGCUCGUCUCUUAAUGAAAACACACACUGCACGUCUGAUGGGAGCACCAGCAGCAGUAAAAAGGACAGAAAGAAAGCAGGCAAAGACCGUCCCUUUGACUUCUCUGCUCACCCCCAUCGGCAUGUGGCCCUGCGGCUGGCUUAUCUGGGUUGGGCCUACCAGGGGUUUGCGGUUCAGGAGAACACAGACAACACUGUGGAGGCAAGACUCUUUGAAGCUCUGCUGAAGACUCGGCUGAUCCAGGACCGGCAGACCUCCAAUUACCACCGCUGUGGUCGCACUGACAAAGGAGUCAGUGCUUUUUCCCAGGUCAUAACCAUCGACUUGCGCUCCACACAGUUUUGUGGAGGACUCGGAAUCACGCUCCCUGAAAGUGUCGAUGCUGCGACCAAAUCAAAAGUUGCUGCCUCUGAGCUCCCAUAUGUGAAGAUGCUGAACAGAGUCCUCCCGCAGGACAUCAGGGUUCUGGACUGGGCACCGGUAACAGAGGGCUUCAGCGCUCGCUUUGACUGUCAGUCCCGCACGUACCGCUACUAUUUCCCCCGAGGAUCCUUGGAUGUAGCGCUGAUGGCAGACGCUGCAAAAAGAUACGAGGGAACUCAUGACUUUCGCAACCUGUGCAAGAUGGAUGUGGGCAACGGGGUCCUGCAGUUUGAGAGGACCAUCUUGUCAGCCACAGUGAAGCCUGUGCAUCCUCAGCACGCCUCCAGCACAGACCAACACGACCUCUUUAUAUUUGAGAUCAAAGGACUAGCAUUUCUUUACCACCAGGUACGCUGCAUGAUGGCAGUACUUCUCUUGAUAGGGCAGAAGCUGGAGGCCCCAGAGAUAAUUAAUCAGCUCCUGGAUGUAGAGAACAACCCCAGAAAGCCCCAGUACAGUAUGGCAGUAGACUAUCCUCUGGUGCUGUUCGACUGCCACUUUGAGGGUUUGAAUUGGACACAGGAGACAGAAGAAGUGACCCAUGUCCUGUCUGCACUGCAGCAACACUGGACUCAGAACGCAGUCAAGGCCCACGUCCUGCAUGGGAUGAUCCAGGGACUAGAACUCAGAGGAGCCGUUUCCUCUCAUCACUGCUUGCUGGUCGAAGGCAGCAGGCAGAGAAACUACCGUCCGCUGUUGGAGCGUCCGUGCUGCGAGAGCCUGGAGUCCAGGAUCAACCAUUAUGUUAAAAGAGGCAGACUAGAGCGAGAGGAAGGAGAGAACGGAGGUGAAACGGUGCAUCGAGGAAAACGGUCCAAACAUUCCCACAAUUCCUCCAGUCUGCCUGUUUCUUCAGAGACCCCAAAACAAAGUACGGAUCACAAAGCAGAAGAUUAAUAUUUUUACACUGGACAAUGGACUUAACAGAUGUAGGCCUUGUCUACACUAAUAUGGACGUUUUGCAAAACAGAUAUUUUCCUGUAUGUUUUGUCAUCUCAUUUACACAUAAACAGUCAAACGGAGAUGUUUUUCAAACACAGUCUAAAGUGUAGAUUUUUUAAAAACUCGAUUUUAUGAGUAUUUGUAAAACAGAAUUAAUUUGUGUAAUGAGUGGAGCUGAAACGACAACAAUGGCGGAUAUGUAUUGUUUUCUUUAAGUCUGGUUAACAGUAGUAAUUACAAGUCUACAACUUAACUUGUCAUUGCAACACCUCUUCACCAGCAUGCAAAAAGUCUCAGUUUUUUAAGUUUUUAGAGCGUUUGUUGUCAUUUUCGCAUCAUUAAUGCACAGAUUUUUUUUCUUCUAAGAUGGAAAAUAUCCAUAGGGGCAAAGUCUUAAUUUCGUAGUCAUUUUAUUUCAUGUAAAAACUUUAUUUUACAUUUUUAUCUCAGGAGACAGCUGAUUGAUUUAUCUGUUUAUUUUGAAAAAUUAAAAAAAAAGUGCAUUGAGCUUUUCAUGCAUAUACUUGCUUUGUUUUAAAAUAAACACGGUCCUGAGAA